UAUGGUACCUCCACCCUCCUGGGCAUGAAUCCGGAAGUAGCCUUCCUGCCCAGAUCUCAUUCAAACGACUCCUUUCCUGCUGGUGUCUGGUGCUACUGCCUCUGCCGCCGUCUUGUACUAGAAUUUCAGGGAAAGGUUUGGACCUGCAAGCUUUUCAAAGUACCUGGAUUCAGAGCCACUUCUCACUGCUGCUGCCCUGUUUUGAACUCUGCAACUUCUUGACCUGGUUUUGGGUCUGUUCAAGAAUAGCCUGCUGUUGGAUUCAUCUUCUUUCAGCUCCAUUGGUUAAGAGUCUUGUUUUUACUUUGGGAGUAGUUCCAGAAGCCAGGAAUGUACAUGCAGGUAGAGACCCGAACUGGCUCCAUUCUCCAUCUGAAGAGGUCUCCUGGUAUCCGAUCCUGGUCUCUUCUUGUAGGUAUCUUGUCCAUUGGCUUGGCAGCUGCAUACUACAGUGGAGAUAAUCUAGGCUGGAAAUUCUUCUAUGUCACAGGGUGUCUGUUUGUGGCGGUGCAGAACUUAGAGGACUGGGAGGAAGCCCUGUUUGACAAAACUACUGGGAAAGUAAUCUUGAAAACAUUCAACCUCUACAAGAAAAUACUGAUGGCUUCUAGGGCAUGCCAUGAACAAGUGGUAGUUGGACUGAAUGACAUUAAGGAUGUGAAUGUCAUUGAAGAGAAAGUUCGAUAUUUUGGAAAGGGCUAUACAGUGGUACUUCGGUUUGCAACGGGCUUUUCCCAUCCUCUUACCCAGAAUGCAGUGAUGGGUCAUAGGAGUGAUGUAGAAGUAAUUGCCAAGCUUAUCAUCAACUUUCUGGAGCUGCGCCAGCCAGAGAACCCCAAAGACUUAUCCCAAAGCAGUGACAGUGAUGUGGAUGAACCCAAGCACCAGAACUAAGUCUGACAUAAUGGCUUGAGUCACUGAAUCUGGGUGCCCUAUUCCUCCUGCAGCUUUCGAUACUUCUUUCUUUUUUCCUUUCCUCCAGGGCCGGCUGUUUGACUGUAUUUGGUUUUUACAGUGAUGUGGACUGCUAACAGAGGGAUCUAUGUUUUGUUUCUGCUUCUCUGGCAAAGCUUCUAGCUCACUAGAUUUUGCCUUAAGUUCUGUGGCCAUUUGUUGAGUUUGCCCCUUCCUUCUCAUUUGUUAUGUAGUUACAGAACUUACUGGGACCUUAGGGACUAUUCAACUGUCAUUUUACAGAAGAGGAACCUGAGACUGAGAAAGGGGAAAUCAUUUUCCUAAAGUCAAAGAGUUUAAUAAAUGGAAGAGCUGGGACAUGAACCACAUAAUAUAUGUAACUCCAUUGUUCUUUCCACUAUACCAUGUUGCCUUAUGCCAUUCUCUCGGGAGUGGGAAAUUAAGCUGACAUGUCUCCUCAGCCACUGGUCAGUUUUUCUCACAUAGAGGACCUGGAGAGAUCUGGGCAAGAAGGUUCUUUUGUGAUUUUGCUUCAGGGAUUAUAAAGAUGAAGAAAUACAAAAUGAAGGAAGAACUUGAGCAGAAUGAGAUUCGGGAAGGAAUGUGGAUAUCAACCAGUUGGAGUUACUUCUGUUGAGCAGGAAUUCCUAAUCUGUUGUCCAUGGACUCAUGGACAGAUUUCAUGGAACAUUUGAACUUAGAUGGGGAAGAAAAAUUUUACAUAUCUAUUUUCACCAGUCUAGCAUUUCCUUCAGUUAUGAAUUUGAAAAAUAACAAUAACAAAACAGUAUUGUAAGAAGGGAGUCCAUAUUGCAUAUUUCACCAUACUGUCAAUGAAGUCCAUGACACAAAAACGAAGAACUGGUCUAGAAACAUUUGAGCAUAUUUAAAAUCAUAUCUACAAAAACAGCUGCCUCAUCAUGGGACCAAGGCAACUGGCAACUUUGGUUGUUAAAUAUUUAAUUGCUUCUGUGAAAUUUUAGGGAGCUGACAGCCCUAGACUUUCAAGCAGGGACUUGAAGUGGUUAUGUGGCCAUUGCUGGUUGGAGAUUCUGUUCUUUGUGGACUUUUUAAAUGUUUGUCUCUGGAAAUUGUUAGGAAGCCAAGCCUUAUUUCAGCCUCCUCAAUAUUUCUCCACAACUGGGAGCACAAGUGUUUGAAUUAAAGGGUCUUGUGAGAGGCCAGAAGUCCCAGCUUUAUACCAGCUACAGAUAAUGAAGUUCUACAAAUGAAUUAAAUAGAGCACUGGAGAAAUGAGAUCUCUGUAAGCUGCCAACUCUGGUUCCAUCUCACUAAAGGGGCUGAAGUGAGGUUUGGGGGGAUGGUAAAGCAGCAGGGUAAACAAAACUGUAGAACAAGGUAUGUUUUGGUGUGAAGACCGAGUUAGCACCCUGGAUACCUUAGAAUCAACUGGAGUCAGGAUAAGCAAAAGUCCUUGGUUUUUAGGGGUGGAAGUGAAGGGAAUGGAUACAGGAUCUUCGUGACCUUCCUUUUCCACCUCCACCACCCAAGUGACUCUGGCUUGUCUUACUCUACCCUCUAAUCCUUGUGACAAUUCUUUGUGUACACCAAAAGAUUGAACCAGCACAGAACAGUGAGAAGGGCCAUUUUCCAAGCAUAUGCUAAUAGAGUUGUCCAGUCAGUAGUUAGCCUUGAGUGCAGGGUUGUCCAACCUCAGUGCAUCAACUUGAGUUUCAGCCCUUUACAUUUUGGAGAUUGUGACUACACUAGAAAGUUUUCCAGAGAUCUCAAGGUGUUUUCCUACUUCCUUUGUAUUUUGAACAGCAAUCGCCCUUUUAUAAUAAGCCUGUCUGUCUUCUAUGGUGAACCAAAGGAAUAGAGCAUAAAUUGGAGUUUGCAACAUGGCUUGUGAGGGGCCUUCUUAGGCAUUCCAGCUCCAUCUUAUUGUAAAUAAGCCUCAUAAAUGGGUGAUCAUGUAGAAUCUUUCUUAGAUGUGUUUCCAAGAGGGAGAUACUGGCUGUUGGUGGCCUGUUUAAGUAUAUUCAAGAGUUCUUGAGUCUCAUUUUGAAAUCUGUUUUUGCCAGAUAUGAAAUCUGAAGUCAGAGAUUUAAAAGUAUCUUUCCUUCACCCUUCUUUUACUUUUUUGACUUCAAGACUACCAGACUUAUUAAUAAGUUUUCAGCCAAAGAAAUAUUGUCACUCUAUAGCAAAAGCCAUUUUAGCUAAAUGGAAGAGAAAUUGCUUUUUAUUAAACCCAUGUCAGCUUCUAGGAAUUCAUUCCCUGAGUUACCUUUCUUUUUACUUUAACCAUUUUUAAUAAGCUAUUUGGGGAAACUUAUAUGUGGUAUAGAACUGUUUGGGUAGUGGGCCCAAGCCCAGAAGAACUGGAUGAACUAGGCCAUGGACUGGUAGCUUCUGGGAAUAUGGUUUAUAAAGUUCAGCCCCUGAAACUCAGACCACACUCAACUGAGACUUGGCCUAUUUUCUUGCAUAUUGUGAUGCCUUGCAUGGUCAUGUUUUCCCUGACUUGUCUUGGCUUGGAAGAAUUGGGGCAUCUGCCCUUCAGUUACUUUUUUUGGCUCAGUGCUACAUUUUUUUCUUCAGAAAAGGGUAUGUAUGUUUGUGUGUCAGGAUAGAUUGAUCUAGGACAGGCCAAGUCCUAUUUAACGUAAAAUGACCUUGCUGUUUACAUAGGAGGAGAGAUACCUUUUGUAAUUUGCCUUUGGCUGAUUCUUUUGAGAAAGGAGCAUCUCAGUUGUUGGAAUUCUCUUUUCCUGCAAUUGCCCUCCUGGAGAGUAAAGAAGACCCAGUUUUAACUUACAAAUCUGUAUCAUCUAGAAUUUCUGUAAUCCAUUUUUCUUUUUAAUCUCAACAUUUUAACUCCUCUGGGACUCAGUAGCUAGAUGUCUAGUUCUCACAGAAAACAGAAGAAUGCAUUGGAUGUGCUAUAUACUUAACAUUGUUAUUUGCCAUUUGUUCUAUUCUCGAGAAACAUGAUGUCAAGGUGAUGCCAUGACGUGCAAGUGAAUUGGAUUUAAGUGAGGGUGGGCUUUGCAAGUCACUAGCCUCACUUUCUUCUCCACAGUCUUCUAGCUCCAGUGGUAAGAUAUAGAUCAGGUUCAAGAGGAAUGGCCUCAGAUGCUGUGAGAUGCAGCAUCUUCAAUUCCCCUAAACUGAAAGACAGAUCGUGUAUAUUGAAGAUUGAGUUUGGGUAGCUCCAUCACAAGUCUAUGUUAUAUAAAAUUAUAUAAUUAAGAAGUCAUUAUAUGUGUGGCACUGAGAACUAUUCUAUGGCUACAUUGAACCAUAUAUUUUAUAUAUGUUCUCUAGUCAUAAGGUACAACAAAAGCAUGAAUAUCAGGGUGUAGACAAUUACUGCUGAAAUAGCUGGUCAAUUCUUUUUUAAAUAAUUGAAUAGCAAUUUACAUUUUCUAGUUAAUCAAGAUGAGUAAGUGAAAUUCCAAAAAUAUCUUGAAAGUUCUUUUUAGUUAUUUAAUUCACAAAAGUUAAUCUUUUUGCUACAGUGGCCUGCACAGUCAUGUAAAAUCUUUUCUAUUUGCCUUUAGGCUCACUUGGUAAUUGGCAGUGACAGGGUAGAUAGUAAGAGAAAGGCAAAGAACUUUUUUUUUUUAAAUCCACAAUCUGAAUAAUUGGGCCCUAAAUAAUUGAGACUUGACAGUGACUUUCUUGAUAUAGGAAUCCCUAUGGGCUCUGCCAUUCGAUAUUGGUGAACCUGAUCCUAACAUUGACCCUGUAAAUUAUAAAUUGAUUUAUCUAGAAAUACUGUGGUAGUUUACCUGCUCCUGAAGCUCUUCUUAUCUAAUGCUGAAGGCUGAUAGUUAUUUCGGGAACUUUUAGAAUACAUUUCUUGAAUAAAUUUCCAAUUUUCCUGUAAGGCAUGUAGGAAAAUCACAGGAAUUACUUCAUACCUCCUCAGGACCCUCUGCCUCUGGGAUCCUUUCCUUCCUCUGAUUAGAGAGGGUGAGAGGUGGGCUUCUGGGAGUUUUGCCCAGAUUCUCCAAUUUCAGGACACUCGGCAUUUUCUUUGUCAUUUUCCACCUAUCUGCUUUCCUAGGUGGGAGAAAAUGAAAUCAACCCAGGGAUUUAUACCUUCUCAGAUAAUUUCCUGUCCCAGCUGCAUAAUAUUGUGCCAGGCUAUUUCCUUCUCCCACUUUUUGCUUUUUUAUGUGUAAUCUCCACCAUUACUGUGAGCUCCUUGAGGGCAGGGACAGUCUUAUGCCUUUCUUUGUAUCCUGUUCUUGGCAUGAUGCCUGGUGCAUUAUAAAUGUGCUUAAUAAAUGUUUAUUGACUGAUUUUGAAUUAUCCUUUUCAAUUAUAGGAUAUUUCUGUAUGAUUAUUGUAGUUACACUUUCUUAACCAUUAAUUUUUUCAGUUAAGCAGAUGGUAUCUUGUUGCUUUUGAAACAUAAAAGUAUUUAUAUUUGACUAGGUGUUCUUUUGUUUGAAAGUGACCAAAACCAGGAUUGGUGUUAACAUUCUCAUGCCAUUCAGUGAAGUUCAAAUUGUGUGUGUAGCUGCUGGGAGUAGUAGAGUUCCUUUUUGUUCUUAGUCUUCUAGGUGGUAAAACAAACUCUGUGGGUGGCUUUGGCUUUUUUGUUUCUAAAGCAAUUAUGUCGCCAGUAGAAUUAAAACUAAUAAGCUCGUGAAAGUCUAUUAGCUGUAUUUCAGGAAUAUUCAUCAUUUUUGAUUGGAGAGAAAAGGUAGAGUAUAUUUAAAAAGCCAAUUUUUCCACUGUGAUAAAGGAAAUCAGCUUGCCCACCAAAAACCAUUCAUUCAUUCUGAGAAGUCCCAAACCUGGGUUUGUCUCUGUUUCUGUUUCUUACAAAUUAUUUUACUCACUUAACUGGGCUUCCAUUCAAACAUUCUCCAAGUCUGACUUAGGCACCCAUCUUAAAAGAUUACUGUUUCUUGUAUCUUAAGUUUCCUCCAAUUUCCUUCCCUGGAUACAUUUUCAUCAAAUCACAGAAUUUCUUGAGUUUGAAGAGAAUUUAGAGGUCAUUUACUUCAUUAUGUUACCUGAACAGGAAUCCUUUCCACAAGAUUUCUUGAAAGAUGUAGGCUUCUCUUUGGAAAUCCUGGGGAGGGGGGGAGGAGGGGAGCACGAGGGCAAGCAGUCUAAACUUCUGUAAACAACUGAUUUCAUUUUUUGACUUCUCGGUCAGGAAGGUUUUCUUUAUAUUGUGAUAUCUACAUUUAUGCAACUUCCACCUAUUGCUCUAAUUCUGCCUCCUGGAAACAAGAAUAAGCCUUGCAUAUCUUUUAAAUACUCAACAGUAAUCAUGGCUCCCUUAAGUUUUCUCCAGGCUAAAUAUCCCUGUUUCCCACAAAUACCUGUAUAGUAUAUAUUGCCUUCAGUCUUCUCAACGUUCUUGAUUACAUCUCUGUGAAGGCACUAUUGCUUGCCAAUGCCUUAUUUAAAAUGGUGUACAGAAGUGGAUAUAAUAUUCCCUAUGUGAUCACUUUAGUGCCCCUGUCAAGAACCUAUUCUACCUCACUACUGCCCUUUAAAAUGGACAAUUACAACUUCUAUGGUGUCAAACCAAAAUCUGUAGCAGAAUGGGAAUGGGUAGUAGUUUUUCAAUAACGAUAGUAAAGAGGUAGUGUCAAGUCAUCCAUUCUUAUUUUGUGAUUUUUGCAGUCAAUAUGAGCUUAUUAAGAACUAUUCCUUUUUUAGUUUAGCAUUACUAAUUUUAGUUCAACCAACAGCUGAAUAGGAAUUUCCUCUCUAGCAUAAUCUAGACCUAACCAGUGGUACUCAUCUAGCUGUCUUAUACAGGAAGAUCUUUAGUAAUGAAAGACCCUACUCAAGAGAGCCUAUAAUGCUUUUGUAAUGUUCUAAUUGCUGGGAAAUCUUUUGGAUCUAGCCAAAAUUUGCCCCUGCAAUUUCUAAUUCACUGUUUCUAAUUCUAAAUUAUUUUCUUACUGUCUUCUCAAGGCUCAAUAUCUCUUGAGGCUCAACAUCCAGAGUUCCUUUAAUCAGUUGUCAUAUGACAUGCGCUUAGUUUCCUCACCAUCUGUAUCAUUUUUUUUUUUUUCUGGAAGUACUCUGGCACUUUAUUAAAUAAGAGGAUAGUAAUACUCCAAAUGAUUCUCAGGAAAUUUGAGGGGGAAGGGACCCCCCCCCCAAAAUUAAAUCUUAUACAAUUUACAAUUUUGCAUAGAGUCUGAGAGUAUCACUCAAGGAAAAACUCUUAACUACAAAUUUUGGACUCUAAAAGAUAUAGUCUAAACUUGUAGAGGACAAAAUUUUAAAUUUGUAUUGCAUCAGUGCAGAACAGAAGUAUGGAAAUAGUAGUUUCUGUCUAGUUGUACCUUGAUUGUAACACUGCCACCAAAGCCAUAAGAACUUAGCUACUCUGGGGCUUCAAUAUAAAUAUUAAUACCACGAUUUAGCCUAGGACCAAGCUACAGUUUAGAUGAGAAGGGGAUGCUUUGGCUUAUGGGACUGGUCAUUUCAGAGCAACAGACUGGUCAUUUUUUAUUCCUGUCCAUGAUCCAGCUGUAGUUUUAACAAGCUGCUUCACUGAAGAUGAUCCUGAACAUCAAGAGGAUGGAAGAGAAAAAAAGUCAUAAGAGUGCUUAUUCUAUUACAUUAAGCGCAGUGGGUGGAGUAACAGUUUUUUUAAAUGUGUUAAGUUGUCUGUUAUUGGUAAUAACUGUAACAUAUUUUCUUUUACUUCUUCAAAUUCCCUCUAUUGAUUAUAGUUUUUAUUGUGCUGAUGUGUUAUAAAGAAUAUAUUUAAACUUUCUGCAUUUGUUUUUAUAAAUGUGCCAUAUGUAGUGGAGUAAUAUUCUUUUUUAUUAUCAUUUAUAAUAACCAGACAUCUGUCAUCUGGUUUUUCUAUUUCUUUUCAGGAUCUUUCUUAUCUUUUUAUUAGAUUUGUCUAGAGUGAACAGGGACACACUGAGGUCCUCUAAUAUUAUAGUUUGUAAUCUAUUUCAUUCUGUAGUUCAUUAUUUUUUCCUUCAACUAUUUAAAUGCUAUGCUAUUUUUUGUGCAUGUAUUUCACCAUUAACAUUAUUUAUAAUACCUUCAAGCAUAAUGUAGUUUCUCUGGUUAUCUUCUUCGCUUUUUAAAUUUUAGUGUCUUUUUACUGAUGCCUUUUGGAAACUUAUGAUUGCCAUCCCUAAUUUUUUGGAUUCAACUGUAGCAUAAUAAAUUCUGCUUCAUCUGUUGGAGUACAGGGUCAACUUGAACCUACAUUUCCUGCUGACAGGGUCAACUUGAACCUACAUCUCCUGCUGAGUGAGGGGAGUAUGAGGCCCUUGGAACAGGCAUGUGACAUGUACACACUUCCUUAGGUUAAGACACUUAGUCAUUAAAUUCUAUAUAUACAGUUAUAAGACACAUAGUCAUCAAAUUCUGUAUAUAGCCAUACCACCAUAAAAGGAAAAUUCCACAUUUAGUCUUGUGAUUAGAACUCGCCGUUACUUAAAGAGUAUAUAAGUUGUAAUAUGCCCGGACUGGGGGGAAAGCAAGUAAGCAAGCAAGCAAGCCUGCCGCACCCUUUCUGCACCAUGUAACCGAUCCCUGAAUAAAGCACCAUCUUGACUCCACGGCGCUCGACUCAGUGCAUUUCUUCCUAGUUGGAAGCCGGUGACGACCGAAGACCCCAGAUAGGUGGGUAAGUAGAGGGCAGAUACUCCUCCCACAAUAAAGGCACGUCAGGAACCCCACAACUGGCGCCCGAACAGGGACAGGGUAUAAUCUAACCCUGGACCAGGGACCGGACGUAGAUAAGCCCGGAGGCUUAUAGGGGAGUAGAGAGACUGCCUCGGCAGAGCGGGCUCUGCCUUCACUGAGUUGCCCCUAUUGAGAAUAGGGAGGGUUAGAGGGAAGUGGGGAGAGUAUUCCACUUCUGUUGCCGGAGGAGAGGAUGGUGCUUAGUAAGUGCUUAUAUAAACUUUGUGCUCAAAAGGAAUGUAAAAUCCCCAUAAAAACAUGCAGGGAGUUUAUAGAGAAGAUUUGGGACGUCUGCUCAUGGGUCCAACAAUCAGGCAUAAGAAUAGGAAGAUGGCAUCUAGUGGGUCAGCAAAUGGCCGCACAUGACUAUACACACCCAGGGAUCAUUGAGAUCCCUCCAGUCCAGUCUAUCUACCCCCCGCUUCCCAAAGAAGGGACUCCCCCCGUAGAAAGCAAUCUCGCAUACCCCGUCUUCCCUGCCGCUGAAACUAAACUCCCUGUAAAAAAUGAAAAAGAAACUCAGAAUGCCCUUAGUGCCUCAGACGUUGGUGAAUUAGAAAGUGAGGCUGCAGGGUAUAUUCCACCUCCUUACAACUUGCCCUUUCUUACUGCCCCCAUAAUUAAUUACCCAAAGGGGUGAGACCCUUGAAGAAUAAAAAUUCUGAGACAGAUAUUUUCUGGGACGUUGGAAAAUAUCUGGGCCUAUGUUAUGUGUUAUAUGUUUGGUUAGUCUUGUAACUGUAUAGUCUGUGUGAUGUGUGUUCUAUGUUCUGUGUGAUUUGUCUGUUUUAUUGGUUGGAAAAAUUUUUAAAUGGAGCUCCAUGUUUGUCUGUGUGUGUCUGUGUUAAAAGUUAGCAAACUUGUAAGAGAUAAGGAUUCAGCCUCUGUGUGCAGGCUUAGCAAAUAUCAAGAAGCUUGAAAAAUCUUUCUCUCUCCCUCUCUCUGUCUCUGGCUGACUGCAGCAGCCUGUGAGACAAAGGGAGAAAAGUGAGAGAAAGGAAGAAAAAGAAAUGAAAAAAUAGAUUGAAAGGGAUUUGGAAUUUCGGAAAGUUAAAAUAUGUAUAUAGAAGACCAGUGUGCUAACAUUUAAAGGAAAGAAGUUUGAAUGGAAUAUCUACGCAUUCUCUGUGAAGGCAGAGAAAAGUACUGAAUGGGCUUGGAAAUUUACAGAAACCCUUUGGAUUCUGAAAUGGGAAAAGGUGAAACUAACUUCUCUCUGGGGGUGGAGGUCCUGGAAACAGCCCUUAGUCUGUUUUUGCUGAUUUAAAAGCUUUGUUAAGUUUAACAACAAUGAUUAAGAAAUUUGGGAAUUGGUUGUUUGAAAAUUUGCUUGUGAUUUUAAAACUUUUAACCUGUUGUACUAAUUUUGUAAGUACAUGGAAUUUAGCUAUUUUAAACGGACAGAAAAGGAAAGAGGAAUGCAGGUGAUUUAGGAAGGACUGAUUUGUAGGAACAAUUAGAGGUUUGCAUGGUUUUAAAAAAGGUGAAAGAAAAUCUUUUGGGAGUAGGUGAAGAGGUGGGGGGAGGGAGCCAUCCACCUCCACUGUCUUUAUAGUAGCAUCAGGAGCAUCUGAUAGGAAAGUUCUUUAAGGAGAUUGUUCAAAUUGUAGCCAGGGAGAAAGAGAAGGUUGGAAAUGGGUGAAUUUGGGAAGAAACCUGAUAUUGGGAAACUGAUGGGUUAAAUCUUGAAAAGGAUCCCCAUUAGGAAAUUUGAAUGGGGAACCUGAGGGAAGUUUUUUCCAGGGGGCAGGAGUGGGGGCAGGGUGGCCAUGUGGAAUCCUCUCCUCCCCUCACCCCUCUUAAGUAUGUUCCUGCCGCUUUUUUCUUAUCUGAUUACAGCCAGUUCAGCAAACUGAUUUUUAAGGACAUACUUUUAAGUUAAUUGAUUGAAUAUUUGUUUCUUGAUACAUAAAUAUUUUCUUGGUUGAGGAAUAUGGUCAUAAAUGUGAUCCAUACUUUGGUCCGAGUAUUUCUAAAAGUUUAAUUGCUAUGAUAAAAACCUUCUUGAAUUCUUUUAUGUGGAAUUGGGUGUUUUGUAUAAGUUUAAAUUGAUUGUAUUGGGUCAUCCUGAGGUUAUUUAAAGGGCCUCUGAAAAUAAUAAUUUUUUUCUUUGUCCUUUUGAAAAUGUUUCUGUUAUGGACAAUAUGCAGUUUGGGAUAUUUUUCUAUGUAUUGGGUAUUUUAAAAGCCAAAUGAUUUGUAUGUAUAAUGUUCACUUAUGUAACAUCUACCCAGAUAUGAUAAUUGUUCUAAGUUGUGAACUUAUUGAGACGAAAUUUCUUUCUGUUAUUACUACAAGGUUAUGAUAAAUAACUGUUUAAGAGUUAUCAGAAAUUUGAUUAAUGACAUCUGUUAUUGGAGGUAAAAAAUUUUUUGGGCUUAGAAUUAAUUAGUUAAUGCUAUUUGGGAGUUUUAAAGCUCCACCCUCUGACAGUUACUGGGACAAUUGAUUGAUAAGCUGUUAAAACUCAACUGCUUAUGUUAUGUUAUAGUUAUGUUCUUGCAUUUUUCCUUUUGUAACUGAUCUCUCUGAUCAGAGCAAUGGUCAAUAGAAUUGUUAAUGUAAUUCAAUUAUGUCAUGCCUUACUAUUUUCAGUCUGGUCAUAUGUAAUCAUUGUAUCCUAAAUGCUUGGGCAACUGAGCAUUUCGCCUGGUCAUCUGUCUGUUACUGGAUAUUUGUGUUUUAUUUCUUUAAGGUUUCUACAUGAUAAGAGGACAAUUAACAGGGGUCUGUGAGACCUCACUGAUGUUGCAACUUGGGACUGCACCCAUUUGCUUGGCCUGUAAAGCAAACUCAUUUCUUCACAUAGGAAACAAUCUAUUUUGGCCUCCUCAUAUUCUGCAGCAACCUGAUGAACUGAGUCUUUCUAUCUGAGACUGAUCUAAUCUUUAUUUGCUAGAUUUGUGUUUUUGCUCUAGAUUUUGGUCAAAUUACAGAUAUUGGCUUGCUUCUGGAACCUGGAUCAGCUUUGAUUGUCAGCAUGAUGCACCCACUCUGCAAGGAAUGAGAACCUCCUGUCACUUCACAGCCUGGAGCAGCAGUUUUAAAUGAGAGCCAUGGACUGGACCCUGCAUCUACUGUAGUUUGGACUAAUAUAAGGGACUUUGGGAAUGGUUGAUGAAUGACUGUUAAACCUUGCUUAGCUCAUCUAUUACUGUGUGCUUAAGAUUUGGGAUGGGAUUUGUUAAUACUGUGUAACUGUUACUGUUAUGUUUGAGGGAUUUUUAGGAAAUGCUACUGUAUUAGUCUAUUAUGUAUAGGGAUUUUGAUUCACUCUCAGAAUUUAUAUGGGGAAUGGUCAUUUGAUAAUUCCUUUCCAUGAGAAAAAAAAAAAAAAAGGGAGGAAAAGAUAGAACAUUGGGGAAACUGGUAUAUAUUUUUUCAAAAUACCUGAAAGAAUGGGAACACCUAGCUCCUAUUCACUUUGCUUUAAGCACUUUUGCCCCACCCCCUAUCUCACUAGUUCAGAUUGAAUUUGGAUGCUUUAGUUUUAGAAUCCCUUAUUUUGUUAAAACCUCAACAUCAACGAGCCUGGUGCAGCUUUAUGAAUGACCCCUGGUACCAAAACUGGUUUUCCACUUCCCCUUGGUUGACCACAUUACUCCCCACCAUAUUGGGUCCCUUUAUAGGUUUUCUUUUCCUUAUAUCAUUCAGCCCUUGGAUGUUUAGGAAAUUGACUACCUUUAUAAAGAGUCAAGUUGACUCGGUGGUACAGAAGAAUGUCCAGGUCCUUUACCAAAGGCUUCAUCCCUCUGACUCAAUGGAAAAUCUCUUCCUACCUAGUACUCCAAACUCACCGGAACCUCUUUGUUUCACGGAUGAGGAUUUUCACGUGCCAUGGUACAAAAGAAUAUGCUAAGCCAUGUCUGUAAGACCAUUGCAGUGCCAUGACGGGCAACGUUGGAGUAACCCUACCAAUGGCGGGACCUGGCAUGGCAGGUGCACCUUGGAUACAAGGGUUGACUCCGCGACCCAAGCCAGCGCUCAAUGGCUAGAAAAUUCCUUAGCAACAUGUGGCCAUUUUCCCGUGAUUAAAGAAAAAGGGGGAAUUGUUGGAGUACAGGGUCAACUUGAACCUACAUUUCCUGCUGACAGGGUCAACUUGAACCUACAUCUCCUGCUGAGUGAGGGGAGUAUGAGGCCCUUGGAACAGGCAUGUGACAUGUACACACUUCCUUAGGUUAAGACACUUAGUCAUUAAAUUCUAUAUAUACAGUUAUAAGACACAUAGUCAUCAAAUUCUGUAUAUAGCCAUACCACCAUAAAAGGAAAAUUCCACAUUUAGUCUUGUGAUUAGAACUCGCCGUUACUUAAAGAGUAUAUAAGUUGUAAUAUGCCCGGACUGGGGGGAAAGCAAGUAAGCAAGCAAGCAAGCCUGCCGCACCCUUUCUGCACCAUGUAACCGAUCCCUGAAUAAAGCACCAUCUUGACUCCA